CAUGAACAUUGGUUUGAUUUAUAAUAAUAAUAAAGGAGAACGGUGUAUUCAUUACUAUUCAUGGACGGUGAAGUCAUUGAAACAGGCGCAGGCCUGCCGGGUGCCAGCAGCUUGAGCGUCAGGCGUAAGCGUCUGCGUAGCCCUCGUGUUACACCCGCUCAAAUUGAUGCACUACUAUCAAUAUUAGAAGCGCGUCCAUAUUUGCACACGCGGAAAUUUACCGGCUUGCAGGGCCGGGAAAAUUUCGAAACGGGCUGGAGGGAGGUUGCCGAGGAGCUCAAUAAUCUCCCUAACGGGUCUAGAAAGACACCAGAGCAGUGGAUGACGGUUUGGAGAGACUUAAAAAGCCGCGCUUGCAGUAAGGCGGCAAAAUUAAAAAGAACAAAACGUACCGGCAACCGAGGCGUCAGCACUGCUCCCUGACCGAGGCCGAGAGCCGGAUAAUUUCAAUAGUUGGGGCAGAUUAUUCCUUUGGGACAGACUGCCCGGACGCUAUGCCAGAGGAAGAUUUAUUACAACAUGAGAUGGAGGCUGGGGUGGUAAUCUCUGAGGUUCUCACCUUACCUCAUUCUCAGGCUAGAGAUUUUGUGGAAUUGUUACCGACUGAAACAACAAUCAAUGACAGCAGAGCAACGGCUGGUUCUUCACCACCACCCAUCCAAGAACAAGUGCAAGAUGCCCCUCAGUCGCCAGUACUACAAAUGACAGUACGUGGCAGAAGGACAGAAACUGUUGCAUCAUCAACACCACCACUGCGACAGAGACCCAGAAGAAAGAGGAAUCUGAAUCCUCGCCAAAGUGUUUCUGAGCAAUAUAGUGCAGCUCGACGAGAAUUUCUAGCAGUUGCAGAAGCAAAUGCUGCUACAAUGAAGAUGCUGGCAACUGCUGCUCAAGCGCAAGCAGAUGCUGCCAAGAUGCAGGCUGAGGCAGCCAAGGUACAAGCCGAGGCGACGCUGCAAUUGGUAAAAGUCGGAAACAAAAUAGCUGACGCAAUAAAUAAUUACAUAAAUAAAAAUAAUAAAUGAUAUAAAA